CUCGUGCUCGGGGUGGCAGCUGCGGGAGCAGGGGGUGGCGUGGAGUAGUGGCGCGCUCGGGAGGGUGCGGAAUACGCGUCCGUUGUCCGUGAGUCUGCAUCCGUCCCGCUCACAACUCUUCCUCGCCGCGAGGGGCGUGUCUCGGACUGCUCUCCCCGCGUAAGUCCCGCGCGCCGCUGACCGCGGUGUCGUCCCUUGAAGGGCCUUUUACGGGUCCCUGCAGCCCCUCCGAGGGCAGUGGGGUUGCACGUCCGUGUUGUGUCACUGAGGAUGAGGAGUGUCCCUGUGCCCAGUUGAGCUUGCAAAAUGGUUGACUACUACAGAAUCCUGGAGGUGUCACGCACUGCGUCAACUGCAGAGAUAAAAAAAGCGUAUCGGAAACUUGCACUGAAAUGGCAUCCAGACAAAAACUUAGAUAAUCCGGAGGAAGCAGGACGGAGAUUUAAGGAAAUUUCCGAAGCCUAUGAAGUCUUGUCAGAUGAAUCCAAAAGGAAAAUUUACGACAGGAGAUUGAGAUCAGCUGAUAGACCCAAUCCCUCUACGAAGCCCUCAGCACGACCUUUUGCAGCUUUUCGAAACUAUUUUGAAUCGCCCUUUCAUCGUUUCUUUGAGAAGAAACGUCGUGUUUAUGACCAGUACGGCAAAGAUGGUCUCUUUGCCAACGACAGACCACGACGUCCUCGUCAUCAUGAAGAUGAAUUUGAUGUCUUUGGUGGCUUCCCCUUCAUAUUCCGUAAUCCUGAGGAUGUGUUCAGGGAAUUCUUUGGUGACUCACCAUUUGCUGCCGACUUUGGCAUGAAUGGUCACUCCCACCAUCGUUCAAGAAACGGGCAUCAUCGGAAUUCACAUCCAUCAAGCCAUUCGUUGAGGCCAUUCUUUGACCCUUUCAAUCUCUUUGAAAGUAUGGUACCUGGUGGAAACUCUCUAGGUGGUUCUUACACAUCAUUUACCACUGCCUUUUCAACCAUGGGCAAUGGUGUACCAACAAAACAGACAUCUACAUCAACAAGGUUCAUAAAUGGAAAGAAGAUUACCACCAAAAAAGUCAUAGAGAAUGGGAAGGAGACAGUGGUGACCUAUGAAAAUGAUGUUCUUACAUCUAAGACUGUUAAUGGAGUAGCCCAAGCCAUUGGUUACAGUUAAAUGGAUUAAGCUGUUAUUUUGUUGAAAAAAUAUUUGGAACUGCAUCUAAUGGCCUCUUCUGCCCCCUGUUCCACCAGUCAUUAUGUACUAUCUGAAUACCAUUUAGCAUCAUAGAAAAAUUUAAGUUAUGACUUGAUUUGAUCAGUAAAAUGGCUGUUGGCAUUUUGUGGCAAAAUUAUGGUCCUUGACAGCUCUUAUUGUUGAACUGUAAGCUGUUGUUAACAUGUUAACAUGUAGUUAAAAGUGCUUUAUUACCUUUAUUAUCAGUUUUAAAAAAUUGCAAUUGUUGCGUGUUGUUGGAUCUCAUCAAUGCUACCUACUGCCUCUUACCAUCAAAUUACGUACAGACUGAAGAGUACAACUCUGAAAAAUUGCAGUGAGAUGUGGUUAUGGUGUGUGAGUUAUUUGAUAGUGUAAGAAUGUGUGAAACCACUUGAGUGGCUGUUAAAUUGUAUUGUGUAUAAUUACAGAGCUAGAUUCUGCAAAGAAUUUUUCCGGUCUGACUUGUGUGCAUCUGGUACCAUGUGUCAGAGGACAGUUAUUGAACACGAACAUAGUAUAAUCUACUUUACUUGUGUGUUUAAUUUUUAAGUGAUUAUCAUUUAUGGCUAUAUCUAACUAACUCAGUUAGCUCUUUUUUUUUUUCAUGUACCACUGUUUUUCAGAAUUACUUUGAACUACAAUUUUACAGGGUUCAGGAAAAUUAUACCACAUAUAUGUAUCUUCAUUUGUGGAAGGUUUGAAUUUGAAUGAGAACGCAAAAAGUUAAGAAUUUGGCAAACCUUGAACCUAUUACUUCAAACUUGUGGGCAGAAAUUGAAUUUUGUAGGAAUGUUUUAAAAAGAGCAGAAGUGGACUACCAUAUCUUUUGUUUGGGUUUGGCUGAAUUCUCUUGAAAAGAAUGUCAUAUCUACUAACUACUCUUUGUUACACUUACAGAGACCCUUUUUGUGUAGUUAGUAACUGUUUAGGUUUGACCAUUUCAUACAACUAAUUUUUGACACAUUCCAUUGAUAUCUAGUCUUAUGGUCCUCCUGUAUUGGUUUUCCAUCGAACUAUGCUGCUUUAAUAUUAACUGAACUAUGCUAAGCUCAUAUAAAUUAUGAUGUUGGUCAUUCAACUGCUAAACAUUAAACUUGAAGUUCUCUGAAGUAUGUAUACCUUGAAGUGUGAUUUGGUCUAGAGUAAUGUAUUUUUUACUUGCAUGACCAGGAUUCUUUGCAUAUAAGUACAGAUCAGUGACUCGUUUUUCUUUCAAAUUCUAACACUGAUUUUGUUAAAUUGUUGUAAGGGUUAUUCUUUGUUCAAAGAGUGUUAGACAAAAUAUAUACCCUGUUUACAAAAACUUGUUGUGAUUAUUGUUGACAUCAAUCAGUCCUAGCUCAUUACAACUGUGGUCUGUGUGAAUCCUCAAUUUUGUUGUAUAUUUUUGCAUCUUGUUUAGGAGAGCUAUCUUUAAGUCUUGCUACAUUUUUUUGAUGAUUGGUUUUUGUUUUAAAUUUUGUCUGGAAUCAAUAUCAUAAUAUUUUGAAGAACUGGUAACAAAAUUUGCUUUCUAUUUUAUUCGCUAUCUUUCAGAUUUGCUAUUUAAAUGUCUCCAGAUGUCAGUAAUGUAUUCCAGAUGAAUUCAUAUAGAUUUUGUGAGCAAGUCUAAUCUUAUCCUUCAGCAUUUAAGAACAUCUUUUCAGUUAAAAUGUUGUCUGUGGGAGCGUAUGUUUGUUCUUAAGUCUAAGAGUCAGUAAUUUUAAUAUUAUCCGUUUGUGUUACAUUGUAUCUAUUAAUGACAUAGUUGAUUUGUUUUCUUAAGCAAAACAUUGUAGUUGUAUUUACUUGGUAGGAACAUGUCUUGUGGUGGUGUUCCAGAUGUGCCAUUUUUAACCAAGGUAUUGUUUUCUAUUACAGUUUUCUGCAUCCUAUAUGCUCUGAAUGUACACUGACAAGCACCUUUUGUUUAUGUGUUAUAUUCAUUAUUCAAUUGUUUCAAAAGCAUUUUUUCAUAGCCAUUUUUGUUUCAAAUAUCAUGAAUCAUUAGUGUGAAGUGUCGGUCAAAUAAACAAGUCAAAUGUCAAA